CGCAGCGCGGCCUCCUGGUCCAGCCAUAGAGAUGCGCAGAGGACGGCUAGAGCGUUAAUCGCCCAGCCGACUUCCUCUUCAGUGGUUCUCCUUCCCAACAUGGCGCAGUCAGUUAACAUCACCGAGCUGAACCUGCCACAACUAGAAAUGCUUAAGAACCAGCUGGACCAGGAAGUGGAGUUCUUGUCCACGUCCAUCGCCCAGCUCAAGGUGGUACAGACCAAGUAUGUGGAAGCCAAGGACUGUCUGAACGUGCUGAACAAGAGCAACGAGGGGAAAGAAUUACUCGUCCCACUGACGAGUUCUAUGUAUGUCCCUGGGAAGCUACAUGAUGUAGAACACGUGCUCAUCGAUGUGGGAACUGGCUACUACGUGGAGAAGACAGCUGAAGAUGCCAAGGACUUCUUCAGAAGGAAGAUAGACUUCCUCACCAAGCAGAUGGAGAAAAUUCAGCCAGCCCUACAGGAGAAGCAUGCCAUGAAACAAGCUGUCAUGGAAAUGAUGAGCCAGAAGAUUCAGCAGCUCACAGCCCUGGGGGCAGCUCAGGCUACUGCCAAGGCCUGAGAGUAUGGUGUAGAAAUGGGACAGAGAGUGGCACAUGCCUUGGGUGUCUGAGGCAGGAGGAUCACUGUGAGUUUGAGGCCAGCCUGAACUACAUAGCGAGACCCUGUCUCAAAAAAAUAAAGGGGGGCAGAGGGACACUAUAGGGGCCUGGAACUUUGUGACCGUGGCUUCCUGGUAUCCUGAAGGGAAGGGUUUUGUGUUUAAUGCUAAUAAAUGUGCCAGCUGGGCAGAA